CGCUGACCCCUUCCCUCCCCUCCCCUCCCCUCCCGCGGGCGGCGGUGUGAGCGCGUCAUGGCCGCCUCGAAGCCCGUGGAGGCGGCGGCGGCGGGCGGCGGCGGCGGUAGCGGCGGCACGGGGUUGUCCCGCUGGCAGCUGGCGUUGGUGCUGGGGGCGCCGAUUCUGCUGGGCGCCGGCGCGCUCUACCUGUGGGGGCGGCGGGCGGCCCGCCGCGGCGGCAAGGGGGCGAGCGAGCGGAAGACCCCCGAGGGCCGGGCGAGCCCCGGGCCCUGCGGCGGCGGCGGCGGCGGGCAGCCCGAUGGGCCCGGGCACGAGGAGAUGAGCCCUCUUGAUAGAGCCCAAGCAGCCAAGAACAAAGGAAACAAAUAUUUCAAAGCAGGAAAAUAUGAGCAAGCUAUUCAGUGUUAUACUGAGGCUAUCAGCCUGUGCCCUCCUGAGAAAAACCUUGAUCUUUCUACCUUCUAUCAAAAUAGAGCAGCUGCUUAUGAACAACUGCAAAAAUGGACAGAAGUGGCACAAGACUGCACAAAGGCUGUUGAGCUUAAUCCUAAAUAUGUAAAAGCUCUCUUCAGACGUGCAAAGGCUCAUGAGAAGCUAGACAAUAAGAAGGAAUGUUUAGAAGAUGUCACUGCAGUCUGCAUUUUAGAAGCUUUCCAAAACCAGCAAAGUAUGUUAUUAGCUGAUAAAGUUCUUAAACUCCUUGGAAAGGAAAAGGCCAAAGAGAAAUACAAGAAUCGUGAGCCUCUGAUGCCCUCACCACAGUUCAUUAAAUCCUACUUCAGUUCUUUCACAGAUGAUAUAAUCUCCCAACCUUUGCUUAAGGGUGAGAAAUCAGAUGAAGAUAAAGAUAAGGAGGGAGAGGCUUCUGAAGUAAAAGAAAACUCUGGCUACUUGAGAGCAAAACAAUAUAUGGAAGAAGAGAACUAUGACAAAAUUAUCAGUGAAAGCACAAAAGAAAUUGAAGCAAAGGGAAAAUACAUGGCAGAAGCUUUGCUUCUGCGAGCUACUUUCUACUUACUUAUUGGCAAUGCAAAUGCUGCCAAACCAGACCUAGAUCAGGUCAUCAGCAUGGAAGAUGCAAAUGUGAAGCUCCGAGCUAAUGCUCUGAUCAAACGAGGAAGUAUGUAUAUGCAGCAGCAGCAACCUGUGCUGUCCACUCAAGACUUUAACAUGGCCGCUGAUAUCGAUCCUCAGAAUGCAGAUGUUUACCACCAUCGAGGACAACUGAAAAUCCUGCUUGACCAAAUUGAAGAGGCUGUGGAAGACUUUGAUGAAUGUAUCCGAUUGCGACCCGAUUCUGCCUUGGCUCAAGCACAGAAAUGUUUUGCUCUGUAUCGCCAAGCUUAUACAGGAAAUAAUCCUUUGCCUGUGCAAGUAGCCAUGAAAGGCUUUGAAGAUGUCAUAAAAAAAUUUCCAAAGUGUGCCGAAGGCUAUGCACUCUAUGCUCAGGCACUAACUGAUCAACAGCAGUUUGGCAAGGCUGAUGAAAUGUAUGAUAAAUGCAUUGACCUUGAGCCAGACAAUGCCACUACAUAUGUUCAUAAAGGUUUACUUCAGCUCCAGUGGAAGCAAGAUUUAGACAAAGGGUUAGAACUCAUAAGCAAGGCCAUUGAAAUUGAUAACAAAUGUGAUUUUGCAUACGAAACCAUGGGAACGAUUGAAGUGCAAAGAGGUAAUCUGGAUAAAGCCAUUGAAAUGUUCAACAAAGCUAUCAACCUGGCCAAAUCUGAAAUGGAGAUGGCCCACCUCUACUCACUCUGUGAUGCUGCCUAUGCCCAGACAGAAGUUGCAAAGAAGUAUGGAUUGAAACCACCAACACUGUAAAGAAACGAGGAGGAAAUGACCUUCUAAAGUAAAGUUGCCCACUUCAGCCAGCCCUAAAGAUGCUGUUGCAGACCAUGUUGAAUGGUGGAACUUAGUUUUUUCCCGUUCGUGGUGUUGUCAUUUGCUACAUCUGUUAAAUGUUUAGGUGUUGUGGGAGUGGUUGUUCAAGGAAGUAUGCAGUGUUGCAUCUUGUUCCUUCUGCAGCAAAAACCUUAAAGCGUGUUAAGGGAAAUAAAGCUGCAGGGGAACAAAUGGAAGAUAUUUUGGCCAUGCAAAUAAAAACUUCACACUGGUUCAUUUUGGGUGAUUAUGUUGUGGGCGAUUUUUGCUUUAUCAAACAAUAUUACAGCAUGUGGGUUUUUUUCCUGUUGAUUUUAAAGGUAAUACUAGUCAGUGCUGUAAAAUAGGUUUCUUUUUUAUAUGCAAUUAAUCCUUGAGGGUUGAUUUUAAUUUUGCAAAAAGGAAAAAAUUAAUUUUCAAACUGUUUAAUAAUAGAGGGUUUUUUUAAGUCAGUAGAUGUGGAGAGAAUCCCUGUAAAUAUAUGCAAGCAUGCACAAUCUUCCCUUAAAGCCCCUCUCACCCUCUGCAUAACUUACUUAGAAAUAGUCCUGUGGCAGCUAUUAGGGAAUUAAUUUGAUAGUCCUUAUCCUCACACCAGAAAGCCCUAGCGUACUGUAUAGGAGAGCUAGUAAAAAGGUUGGUUGGGGAAGGAGGUCAGGUAACACUGCUUCAGUGUAGGUUUUACUGUAAGAAAGGCUGUGUUCCUGUGCAGCAGUCCUUACUUGAAUGUCCCAGGAAAUUGUUCUGGAGGGUUCAGAGGGACUUUGAAGAACAGAAAGCACUGCUGGGAGUAGAGCUGCCAAGGUAAGGUCAUGCUUGCAUAUAAUCUUCGUAAUCUCUGAUGCUCUUGCUUAAAUGUAACAGCUAAUAGACAGUCUAAAUUCUCUUCAGUCUCUAGAGACUGCUGUGUUCUGAUAUGUUCCUUGUAAUAGCCCCUUUGCAGGAUUAAGUGAGGUAAGUAACAAAGCGUUGGCUAAAACUUCAAAUAAUGGAUUUAGAAUCUGUACUGGUUUCCUUGUUUGUUAGACCCUGUCUUAUCCAAGAUUACAAAUGCUGUAGAAAGGAAUCAACUGUUCUGCAAAUAGCAGACUGGCAAAUUAUUAAAUACUAGUAAAAACUGUCUUCCUCUAGCUAGGAACUUCACAGAGGGCUCUCUUUUUUUGGGUUGAUCUUUCUGGUAUGGAAGUCAGUUGGUCCAUCUGGCCUCUCCUUGGACUGAGGUGGCUGGAUAAACCUCAUGCAAAUACUUAACUGAUGUAGCUUAAUUUACGAUACACUAAUUUAGGCUUCUUUCCAUCCUGAAAUCAUAGAUUUGCUUGUGCUGAAUUGUCUAAUGUAUUUCAUCUUUUAAAGAAAUUAACCAUGCUGUGGUCAAACUGUCUUGUUCUCUAGUUGUGCCACCAUAUAGCAGCAGCUUGUAUUUUCAACUUGACCUUCCUUUCUCCCAGCAACUACAGUUGACAAUUCAAAUGGUGGAGAGUAGACAUAAAGAUUUAAUAAUUCUAUUUUAGUUAGCUCAGUAGGUGAUCUGAAAUCAGUGUUGGUGUGGAAUUGAAGGCAUUAGAAGGUACUGGCAGCUUCUAAGGGCACUGCACAUAACAAGUGUCAAAUGUCUUCUGGAACUUCCAAUCUGCAUCAAUUACCUGAGAACAAAAAUAUGCCAGAUUGACUGAUGCAUCUGUCCUGUUCUCCUGAGGAGUUUUUAUUCGCAUGGCCUUAUUUACAUUGGCAUUUUCUCCUCUUCACCCCUCCUGUACCCCAUUCCUUACCUCACCCAAUCAAUUAAGGGAAAAAAGCAUGUGCUGUCAAAUACUAGCAUUCCAAAUCAUCACAGACUUUUGCCUGUUCUUGAACUAGUUUGAAACUGCACUGAAAGGAUGCAUUGUCUGUAAUUUUUUUUGUAAAUGACGUAUCACCUGUAAACGGAAAAAAUAAAUAUUACCUUCAAGUA